CCCGUCUCCUUGGCCAGGGCCUGUGGCGGGGUCUGGCGGGAGUCCCGCGGGCGCCGGGCCCAACCCGCAGCCCACUUGCUCCUUCUCGUAGCGCGGGAGGCAGCAGCCCGGCCCCGCGCGCUCGCUCUCUUCCCCGCCUCUCUCUGGGCCUUCCCCGCAUGCCCCUGAGGAAGGGGGAAAGGCUCCUUCCUGGGGCGAGCCCCGUGCGGGAGGCCGCGCGGCCAGGUCUUCAGUGUGAAAGGAUCGUAUUGGAAGCUCCAAAUGAUCCUGUUUGCUGGAAAACUACAGUAGGCUGAGAAAGAAACGUGCAAAUAAAUCUUCUUUAUUUUCCGUUGCUCGCUGUAACUUGCGAGUGAGAGAGACCUGGGGCAUCCAAGUUGAAGCAUUUCUCUAUUAUAGUGCUGACGGCAAACCCCAAAGUCAGUUAAGACUCUAACAGCGACUUGAGUUUUGCAUGUGCUGCAUCAGUAAGUGGCCUCAAAAACGAGCACGUUUUGAACACUUUUACUGUUCUUGAUCAUAUGUCGUACAAGGGUUGAAACGAUCGUACAAAUAUGGUGAUUGUCGUACGCCAGGUAACGCUGGUGGGAGGCAACGUUUCGCAGAAGCCUUUGUUCUGGUAACUCUGUCUUCAGCGAAUGCAUGAUCUGUAUUUCUAAGUUAUAAAACAAGCAAGAAAAAAAUAGUUUCAAGCUCUUUCUAUAUUGCAAUUCUGCAACUAUCAGAGGGAAUUGUAGCCAGCUAUCACCCUUCAUCAAAAUUCAAAGGAAUUUAAUCCAGACCAUGUUCCAGCCAGUGCAUAGGACAUGUUGGGUACUACAUCGCACCAAUAUAUACCAGUGCUUAAAAGGAAAACCAGUUUUGCCUUGGACUAGAUGCCUUCGAAAACAGUGUCUACAUGCAUCUGCUGCACUCUUUAUUUUAAACAAAAGUAAGCCAUUGCGUAUGUUCUCAUCCCAACCAGAAGAUACUCGCCACAAAGAAUUAAAGGAAGAAAGUCCUUUGAAUCCAUCCAGGGAUGCACAUAAGGGAGGUACUGCAGAACCAAGUUCUUUAGAAGCUGACCCUCUAGAAGACAAAUCACUUGGUCUUGUUCAGAGGUUCAAGAAGAUUUUAAAACAGUAUGGAAAGGUUGUGAUUCCAGUGCAUGUCUUGACUUACAGCAUAUGGUUUGGAUCCUUUUACUAUGCAGCCAUGCAAGGCAUGAAUGUUGUUCCUAUCCUAGAAGCUCUUGGCCUGCCAGAAAACAUCAUAAGCUUUCUGAAAAAUUCUGAGACUGGAAAUGUACUAACUGCUUAUACCUUGUGUAAGAUUGCAUCUCCUGCCAGAUACAUCGUGACUUUGGGAGGAACGUCCAUUACUAUCAAGUAUCUUCGCAAGCACGGCUACCUGUCCAGACCACCUCCAGUAAAGGGAUACCUGCACGACAGGAUGGAAGAAACAAAAGAGCUUCUCUCAGGGAAGAUGGAGGAAACCAAGGAUAAAAUAACAGAGAAAAUGGAGGAAACCAGGGAUAAAAUAACAGAAAAAAUGGAGGAAACCAAGGGUAAAAUAACAGGGAAAAUGGAGGAAACCAAGGAUAAAAUAACGGAGAAAAUGGAGGAAACCAAGGAUAAAAUAACAGAGAAAAUGGAGGAAACCAAGGAUAAAAUAACAGAGAAAAUACAAGAAACCAAAGAAAAAGUUUCAUUUAAAAAAAGAAACGAAUAGGCAGGUGCUCUAACUUGUUUGUCUAAAACUUGCACACUUUAACCCUAUGGAGAGUCUGCAUGUAAAGAAGCAUGUAUCCUCCUGAUCUUUGGAUGCUUAGAGAAUAUCAUGUUUUAAGGGUUAAAUACUUUUGUAAACUGUUCAAGGCUAGAGUUAACUUUAAAAAGUCCAAGAAGAUGAAAAUGAAACCAGUUUUAGAAAUUUUGUGUAGUGUAGUGGUCACGGCUUCUAAAUCAAGAUACUUCUCCAAGAUCCACAAUAUUAUUUUGUUCUUAUCUUAGGUAGGGACCAUAAUUUUGUCACUGAGUCCUCUAGUCUACAAGAGGAAAGAUUUAUCUUCCAAAGAAACCUUAUAGCUUGGUUUUCAGCUAUAGAUAUGCAUUGAAGUCUCUGUAACCCCUGUUGUCUCUUAACUUUGAGGCAAACUAUUAUCUGUUAUGCUGCAAAUGAAUGAGCUAUUCAUCCACAGGUGUAAACUGCUAUCGCAGCUUUGGUUUCAGUUAAGCUCUGACAAGUUACAAGUUAAGGAUCUGGGCCCUUGUUUUAAAAAAUUGUCUUCAGAUUUUCAGAAGUCUUUCCUCUGAAAAGCGAUAGUAAGAUGUGUUCAUCACAACUGCCACAUGUUUAGUUAUAUUCUGUUUUUUAUAUGAAGUUGAAUUAAAAUUGAGAAUGUCAUAGAAUAACUGAAUAAAAUGGACUAAUUAUACCUGUAUACUAGCUAAAUCAAAGCAUCUUUUCUUUUAUAAUUAUGCAGUCACUUUAGAGAUGUGUUCAGCUUCACAGUUGCUUCACGACAAUAAAAUUAAGUUGAAGAGGGAUAAGUCCUCACCUACUAUUGGAGUAUUGACAAGAUGGUUUUUAAGAAACAUUUUGCUGGAUUUUGAGGCAGACCCAUGUGUUGUUCACCUUGCACAAGGAUACCACUGAUUUACCACUAUAUGACAGUUUGCAUGUGUAGAAUGAGUAGGAUUCUAAUGACAGUAAACCCUGAAUCUGCCAUGCUGUCCCCUUGGUUUUUGAUUAACCUGAAAGGCUAGGUUUUAAUUCACACUUCAGUAGUUGAUCUAAAUACUGUUCCAUCAUAGAAAGACUAAGGCUGAAGCCAUAUGCCAUCUUGCUACAAAGAUACACUCAUUUAGUGUUAGCCCGCAAGCAAGAAAGGAAAUGGCUUUUUGGUUUAUAUUAGGCAUCUAUGUCAUUUCUAUUACAAAUAUAAUUUCUCAGCCAGAUGUCUGUUGCCUCUGCAUAUUUCACAAAAGAUUUUCAUUAAAGAAAGGCAAAGGAAUUAGCAGGAUAUACUGACUGUGGGGUCAGAGUAAGAGUUUCUGAUUCUGACUCCAUUAUCAGUUCUGCCUGAUUUGUUCUCUGGUGUUGAUAGUGUCACUUAAAGCUUGAUUUAUUGACAUCAGUUAUUGAGCUUCCACUAGCUUAAUGACUCGAGAUCAGCCCUUCAACUGCCCUGCCUCAGUUUUACCAUCUGUUAAAUAGUGACUCAUAGAUAUAAAGCUUCUUACCCCACAAGGGGUGUUGUGAGGCAUGAUCGGGGGGGGGGUUGCCCUGUUGAUAUCAAAUGCCAUGGCCCCAGUAAGUGGUAUUAAAUGUUUGGGUCUUUUUGACAAUGUUGCUGAAUGGGUGCUAGAACUGUAGGGUGUUUUUGAAAUAACUAAUUUUGAUCUUUCACUUGCAUAUGUAAAAACCAAGUUCAAACUUAGUUUAGCAACAGUCGUAUACUAGCAGUUGGUAAUAGAACAGUAUGUGUCCUUACUGUU